UCUCGGUCGCUGACGUGGAAGCGCCUCGGAGGCCUGCGGGGAGUGGUGUGUAGCUGGUGGUCUUCGAGCGCCGGAGCCCGGAGGACUGAACGAUGCUCACCAAAUUCGAGACCAAGAGCGCGCGGGUCAAAGGGCUCAGUUUUCACCCCAAAAGACCCUGGAUCUUGACCAGCUUACAUAAUGGAGUAAUACAGUUAUGGGACUAUCGAAUGUGCACCCUCAUUGACAAGUUUGAUGAACAUGAUGGUCCAGUGCGAGGCAUUGACUUCCAUAAACAGCAGCCACUGUUUGUCUCUGGAGGAGAUGACUAUAAGAUUAAGGUUUGGAAUUACAAGCUUCGACGCUGUCUCUUCACAUUGCUUGGACACUUGGAUUAUAUUCGUACCACGUUUUUUCAUCAUGUAAGUAGCCAGAAUUUGAUUUCUGUAUAUAAUUUAAUAGUUUCUUCUUUUUUUUUCCUCUACAGUGUGUUAACAGGCCACAAUCAUUAUGUAAUGUGUGCUCAGUUCCAUCCCUCCGAAGACUUGGUUGUAUCAGCUAGCCUGGACCAGACUGUACGCGUUUGGGAUAUUUCUGGUUUGAGGAAAAAAAACUUGUCUCCUGGUGCAGUGGAGUCAGAUGUAAGAGGAAUAACCGGGGUUGAUCUGUUUGGAACUACAGAUGCGGUGGUGAAACAUGUACUAGAGGGUCAUGAUCGUGGGGUAAAUUGGGCUGCCUUCCACCCUACUAUGCCUCUUAUUGUAUCUGGAGCAGAUGACCGACAAGUGAAGAUCUGGCGCAUGAAUGAAUCAAAGGCAUGGGAGGUUGACACCUGUCGAGGUCAUUACAACAAUGUGUCUUGUGCUGUCUUCCAUCCUCGCCAAGAGUUGAUCCUUAGCAAUUCUGAGGACAAAAGCAUUCGAGUCUGGGAUAUGUCUAAGCGGACUGGUGUUCAGACCUUCCGUAGGGACCAUGAUCGUUUCUGGGUCCUAGCUGCUCACCCCAACCUUAACCUCUUUGCAGCAGGGCAUGAUGGUGGCAUGAUUGUGUUUAAGCUAGAACGGGAACGGCCCGCCUAUGCUGUUCAUGGCAAUAUGCUGCAUUAUGUCAAGGACCGAUUCUUACGUCAACUGGAUUUCAAUAGCUCCAAAGAUGUAGCUGUGAUGCAAUUGCGGAGUGGUUCCAAGUUUCCGGUGUUUAAUAUGUCUUACAAUCCAGCAGAAAAUGCAGUCCUACUGUGUACAAGAGCUAGCAAUUUAGAGAAUAGUACCUAUGAUCUGUAUACCAUCCCCAAAGAUGCCGACUCCCAGAAUCCUGAUGCCCCUGAAGGGAAACGAUCCUCAGGCCUGACAGCCGUUUGGGUUGCUAGGAAUCGAUUUGCUGUCCUGGAUCGGAUGCAUUCGCUUCUGAUCAAGAAUCUGAAGAAUGAGAUCACCAAAAAGGUGCAGGUGCCCAACUGUGAUGAGAUCUUCUAUGCUGGCACAGGCAACCUCCUGCUUCGAGAUGCAGAUUCUAUCACACUCUUUGAUGUACAACAGAAACGGACUCUGGCAUCUGUGAAUAUAUCUAAGGUGAAAUACGUCAUCUGGUCAGCAGACAUGUCUCAUGUAGCACUACUAGCUAAACAUGCCAUUGUGAUCUGUAACCGCAAACUGGACGCUCUGUGUAAUAUUCAUGAGAACAUUCGUGUCAAGAGUGGGGCCUGGGAUGAGAGUGGGGUAUUUAUCUAUACCACAAGCAACCACAUCAAAUAUGCUGUCACCACUGGAGACCAUGGGAUCAUCCGGACUCUGGAUUUACCCAUCUAUGUCACACGAGUGAAGGGCAACAAUGUGUACUGCCUAGACAGGGAGUGUCGUCCUCGGGUACUCACCAUUGAUCCUACUGAGUUCAAAUUCAAGCUGGCUCUGAUCAACAGAAAAUAUGAUGAGGUACUGCACAUGGUGAGGAAUGCCAAACUAGUAGGCCAGUCUAUCAUUGCUUAUCUCCAGAAGAAGGGCUAUCCUGAAGUAGCAUUGCAUUUUGUUAAAGAUGAAAAAACACGCUUUAGUCUGGCCCUGGAGUGUGGAAACAUUGAGAUUGCUCUGGAAGCAGCCAAAGCACUGGAUGACAAGAACUGUUGGGAGAAACUGGGAGAAGUGGCCCUGCUACAGGGGAACCAUCAGAUUGUGGAAAUGUGCUAUCAGCGCACCAAAAACUUUGACAAACUUUCCUUCCUGUACCUUAUUACUGGCAACCUGGAGAAACUUCGCAAGAUGAUGAAGAUUGCUGAGAUCCGAAAGGACAUGAGUGGCCAUUAUCAGAAUGCACUCUACUUGGGUGAUGUGUCAGAGCGAGUGCGAAUCCUGAAGAACUGUGGGCAGAAAUCCCUGGCCUAUCUCACAGCUGCUACCCAUGGCUUAGAUGAAGAAGCUGAAAGCCUGAAGGAGACAUUUGAUCCAGAGAAGGAGACAAUCCCAGACAUUGACCCUAAUGCCAAGCUGCUCCAACCACCUGCACCGAUUAUGCCAUUAGAUACCAAUUGGCCCUUAUUAACUGUGUCCAAAGGAUUCUUUGAAGGUUCUAUUGCCAGCAAGGGAAAGGGAGGAGCACUGGCUGCCGACAUUGACAUUGACACCGUUGGUACUGAGGGCUGGGGAGAGGAUGCAGAACUACAGCUGGAUGAAGAUGGAUUUGUGGAGGCUCCAGAAGGUUUGGGGGAUGAUUCUCUUGGCAAGGGGCAGGAAGAAGGAGGUGGCUGGGAUGUAGAAGAAGAUCUGGAGCUUCCCCCUGAACUGGAUGUAUCUCCAGGAGCAGCUGGUGGGGCUGAAGAUGGGUUCUUUGUGCCCCCAACCAAAGGGACAAGUCCAACUCAAAUCUGGUGCAAUAACUCACAACUUCCAGUCGAUCACAUCCUGGCAGGCUCUUUUGAAACAGCCAUGCGGCUCCUUCAUGACCAGGUAGGAGUAGUACAGUUUGGCCCCUACAAGCAACUGUUCCUGCAGACAUAUGCUCGAGGCCGCACUACCUAUCAGGCUCUGCCCUGCUUGCCCUCCAUGUAUAACUACCCUAAUCGAAAUUGGAAGGAUGCAGGGCUGAAGAACAGUGUGCCAGCUGUGGGCCUGAAGCUUAAUGACCUCAUCCAACGGUUGCAGCUGUGCUAUCAGCUCACCACAGUUGGCAAGUUUGAGGAGGCUGUAGAAAAGUUCCGUUCUAUCCUACUCAGUGUGCCACUUCUUGUUGUUGACAAUAAACAGGAGAUUGCAGAGGCCCAGCAGCUCAUCACCAUUUGCCGUGAAUAUAUUGUGGGUUUGUCAAUGGAGAUCGAAAGGAAGAAGCUGCCCAAAGAGACUUUAGAACAGCAGAAGCGCAUAUGUGAGAUGGCAGCCUAUUUCACACACUCAAACCUGCAGCCUGUUCACAUGAUCCUGGUGCUGCGAACAGCCCUCAACCUCUUUUUUAAACUCAAGAACUUCAAGACAGCAGCCACUUUUGCUCGACGCCUCCUGGAACUUGGGCCCAAGCCUGAAGUGGCUCAACAGACCCGAAAAAUCCUGUCUGCCUGUGAGAAGAACCCUACAGAUGCUUACCAGCUCAAUUAUGACAUGCACAACCCCUUUGACAUUUGUGCUGCAUCCUAUCGGCCCAUCUACCGAGGAAAACCAGUGGAGAAAUGUCCACUCAGUGGGGCUUGCUAUUCCCCUGAGUUCAAGGGUCAAAUCUGCAGGGUCACUACAGUGACAGAGAUUGGUAAAGAUGUGAUUGGUCUGAGAAUCAGUCCUCUUCAGUUUCGCUAAGAACCCCAUUUAUGCAUGUCUCUAUCCUCCUAACCUGACCUUCCCUUCUGAUUGAUAUUAUGUUCUCUCUAAAGUUAAUGUCCUGGGCUGGGAAGGUGGCUCAGUGGUAGAGUGCUUGCCUUGCAUGCUCGAGGCCCUGGGUUAGAUUC